CUUGGUUACGUUAGCCGUACGAUUAUACUCUGUAUAUACAUUCUUGAAAAAAAAUAUAUUGAUGUUUUUGAAAAACAUUUAAUGUAUAUCUUUGUAUAAGUAAAUAUAUGCAGUAAAUAGUGAAUAAAAAAGUGCAAUGAUACCAGCAAAACUACAAUUGUUGUCUCGUUCAUCAGCAGCUUAUAAACCGGAAUUAGGAAAACGUUUUUUGAUAAAUAUCUUAAAUAACAGUUCCACUCCUGAACAAUUAAGGGCACAAUGGUCUGGUACAUUUUUCAACGUAGAAAAAAUGACAGAACUGUUGGAUCAUGAUAACCACAAAAUGAGGAAAGAUUUUCGCAAGUUUUUGAGUGAUCCUAUAUUUACACCAAAAUAUAAUAUAUCUCUUGUGGAAGAAAGAGAAGUAGCUCUUAAGCGAUUAAAGAAAAUAUGUGAUGCUGGAUUUAUUUCUGUUUUUGAUUUCCAUAAGAAUCCUUUAAAAAUAUUUGCAGCUCAUGAACUUGCAAGCAUAAUGGAUCCUGCUAUGGCUACCAAAAUGACAGUUCAGUUUAAUCUAUUUGGUGGAACAGUUCUUAAACUAGGUACUGACAGGCAUCACAAGCAGUUACUAAAGGGUAUUGACAGUCUUGAAGACAUUGGUUGUUUUGGGCUAACAGAGUUAGGUUAUGGAAACAAUGCUGUGGAAAUGGAAACCAUUGCUGUCUAUGAUAAAACAACUGAUGAGUUUAUUAUAAAUACUCCUUCCACGCUAGCCCAGAAGUACUGGAUCACAAAUGGUGCUGUUCAUGCAAAGCAUUGUGUAGUUUUUGCUCAGUUAAAUGUAGAAGGAACUGAGCAUGGUAUACAUGGAUUUCUUGUUCGUAUUCGAGAUGACAAUUUAAAAACUUUGCCAGGGGUUGUUGUGGAAGAUAUGGGCUAUAAAAUUGGAUUGAAUGGCGUUGACAAUGCAAAGUUAACUUUUAAAAAUGUUCGUGUGCCAAGAGAAAACCUUUUAAAUAAAUAUUCUGAUGUUGAUAAAAAUGGCAAGUUUACAACUAGUAUAAAAAGUGCAAGAGGAAGGUUUCUUACCGUAGCAGACCAGUUAUUAUCUGGAAGAAUAUGUAUUGCAUCAAUGGCCCAAGGUGCUGCAAAAACUGCACUUGCUAUUGCUUUGAGGUACUCGGCUACUAGAUUGACAGUAGGAAAAGAUGGAAAGUCUGACACUCCAAUAUUAUUAUACCAAUUGCAACAAAAUGCAUUAAUUCCGAUGCUAGCAGAAACGUUUUGCCUAAAUUUUGCUCUUGACUAUGUUAAAGAGAGAUGGGCUAAUCAAUCUGAAGAUGGAUCUGAACAUCCUGAAAUUGUAACCAUGUGUUGUGUAAUAAAACCUCUUUGUGGGUGGAAUCUUGAAAACGUUGCUUCAGUGUCUCGCGAACGCACUGGAGGACAAGGUUAUUUAUCGGUUAACCGACUUGGUGAAUUUAUUUCUCUUGCUCAUGCUUGCAUUACAGCAGAAGGUGAUAACGCAGUACUUAUGCAAAAGGUAGCCAAAGAGUGUUUAGCUCGAUUUAAAUACCAAAAUAUUAAUCUCCCAGCGGUCGAUCUUAACUCUUUGGACUAUUUACAUGCUUUGCUAGAGAAGCGAGAAUCUGUUUUAUUUGCUCAACUUGGAAAAGAAGUUGGUUCCUUAGGAAAAGAUCAGGUAUUUGAAACUUGGAUGUAUCAUUCCAGUGAUCUAGUACAACAUGCCGCACGGUCUUUUGGCGAGCGACUUGUAAGUGAUAGAUGUAAGGUAACCAUAGAUCAUGCUGACAUUUCUUUGAAAUCUACGCUAAAAAAAUUGCAUCAUCUAUACCUGGUAAAUGUUUUGUCUCGCAAUCUUGCUUGGUUUCUAACAAAUAAUCUUGUCUCAAUAGAAACAUCAAAAAAUGUCGCUGCGUUGUCGUCAAAGCUUUGUAAAGAAAUAGCAUCUAUGUCGUUAGCUCUAGUAAAAUCUUUUGAUCUAAAUGACCAUAUGCUUUCUGCGCCAAUAGCAAGUGACUGGGUUAAAUACAACGAGUAUGACAAUCAAGGAGAGCUAUAAAAUUAUUUUUUGAUAGUCAAUUGCUUUGUUAUUUAUAUGAAGCAUAAUAAAAUUUCUUUGGUCAAAAAAAAAUCUCGGAAA